GAAGACAUACGUGCGAAAAGCUGGAAUAAUUGGAGCCUUUUUACUUGUUCUGAACAUCAUUUACACGAUCAUGAGUUGGAGAACGGACAAAUCUUUUCCAGAAGGAGUCACAGAUCAAGAGGUCGUGGAGAGGAAACUGGACAGGAUUGAAAAGAGCCUCAACAAGCUGGCAAAGCUGAUAGAAGCAUCUGGUCAGAAGAACUCCGACAAUGUGGACCAAGAAAAAGAGAAGGUUGUGAUGCCAAAGUUGUAUCCAAACUCCGUGCUGUUUGCCAAGUGGGGCGAUGGCCUGUCAAAGGAGGAACAGAAGGAGGCUGAAGCUCUGUUUAAGAUUUAUGGAUACAAUGUCUUCCUGAGUAACCGGCUGCCACUGGACAGGAAGCUCCCAGAUACAAGAGACAGCAGAUGUCUGAUGAAGAACUAUCCCAGGGACCUGCCAACCAUCAGCGUGGUACUGAUCUACAUAAACGAGGCUCUUUCUAUCAUUAAAAGGGCGGUACAGAGCAUCAUCACCCACACUCCAAAUCACCUGCUGAGGGAAAUCAUUCUAGUGGAUGACUACAGCACUUACAAUGACCUUAGGAAGCCGUUGCAGGACUACAUAGGUCAGAUUAACAAAGAGAGGCCUGGGCUCAUAAAGAAAGUGUGGCAUGAGCGACAAAUGGGCUUGUCCCAGUCCCGGAUCUCCGGUUGGAAGCAGGCCACAGCUGAUGUUGUGGCCAUUUUGGAUGCCCACAUUGAAGCUACAGUGGGAUGGGCAGAGCCUCUGCUGGCCAGGAUCAAAGCCGACCGGACAGUGGUGGUGUCCCCUACAUUCAACAAGGUCCAUUUUGAUGACUUACAUAUGGAGAGAUAUAUAACGGCUGCUCAUGGCUUUGACUGGAAUUUGUGGUGCCUGUACGAGUCCUUUGGGCAAAACUGGUUGAAGAUGGGGGAUGAAUCGCAGCCUGGAAAGAGUCCCUCUGUUAUGGGAAUCUUUGCAGCAGACAGGGUCUUCCUUGAGGAAAUCGGAGGGCUUGAUGGUGGAAUGACAAUUUACGGAGGAGAAAAUGUUGAACUUGGGAUUCGUGUGUGGCUGUGUGGAGGGAGUGUAGAGGUUGUGCCUUGCUCCAGGAUAGCGCACAUUGAGAGGGCAUAUAAACCGUACGCACCUGAUCUCAACCCUUCCAUGAGGAGAAACGCCUUGAGGGUUGCAGAUAUCUGGUUGGAUGAUUACAAGAGGAACGUGCACAUUGCCUGGAACCUUCCUCUAGAGAAUCAUGGAAUCGACAUUGGUGAGGUGUCCGAGAGGAAGAAGCUCAAAGAAAAGCUGAAAUGUAAACCUUUCAAGUGGUACCUGGAUAAUGUUUACCCAAGCCUGGAAACAUGGGAUAACAUCUUGGGCUAUGGUCUGCAGAGCACCCUUUUUAGGAGCCACUGUUUGGACCAGGGAGUCGUCCCAGGAAACACCCCCAUCCUGUUUGAUUGCCACUUCCAGCAGCCACAGCACUGCUUCUACAAAACAGAUGGUGAAAUCAUCGUCGGGGGAAUUAAAUCUCACAAAUAUUACAGUAACCAGUGUCUGGUUGAUCCGGGCUCUGGCAGCACUCCCACUCUGCAGGAGUGUCAGCUGGCAAAACUAAACCGACAACACAUGCACUGGGACUUCAAACAAGGCCAAGCGAUCAUAAACAAAGCAACAAAGAGAUGUCUUGAAGUCACCCAAGGAGACAGCUUUAACUAUAAGCUCAUCAUUCAGCAGUGCAGUGGACAGAGCUGGAAGAUUGAACAUGUUAUCACAAGUUUUUAG